AUGGACUCUGGCUCCAGCGACAACCCCUGCUCGCCGCACUACAGAGGAUCUUCGCCAUUCUCGGAGCCAGAGACGCGGUCGCUGUCGGAUUUCCUGCGAGGCCUGAAGGAGCGUCUGCUGGUGUACGUCUCGCUGCACACGUACAAGCAGGCACUCACGUGGCCGUACGGGCUCAGCUACGAGCGGGCGGACAACAACCAGGAGCUGAUGGAAGUGGCCGGCAUAUCGGCGGAAGCACUUUCUAGAAGAUACGGCACCAAAUAUCAGACAGGGACUAUCUUCGACAUCUUCGGAGGCGUGUCCGGCAGCAGCGUGGACUGGGUGAAGAAGUGGCUGGGCGCGCGCUUCGUGUUCGAGUACAAUCUGCGCGACACGGGCGGCUUCGGCCUGCUGCUGCCCCCCGCGCAGGUGCAGCCCACCGCCGAGGAGACGGCGGACAGCCUCGUCGCCAUGAUGCGCGAGGUGCUAGCUUGCACUGCAGCUCCACACUAG